UGGUCCAUGGGUAUGAAGUGCAAACACUUCUAAGAGUCAGAUAAUUACCUAAACCUGGCAUGUCGUUUUGUGGUAUGGUUUUGGGGAGGAGUUGUUACUUCCUCUGUUAUUGCAACUCAAAAAGUGAUCUCGGGUAACGAUGACAAGCCUUAUUGAAGCUGUAGGCCUAUCAUAGCAAAUAGCUUUUGGUUUUGGUCAGUGAAAAAUAGAGUAGACAGAGAGUAAUCAGCACAAUGAGGUAUACUUUGGUGAUCGCCAUCUUGGGGGCCCUGCUUGUGGCUGCUAUAGCGCUGCCACGCCGUCAAUUCCGCAGGCCUACCAAGGUGAGCACUCUGUGCUGUACUAGAGUUAACAAUGCCGUCAUCCGCAACAUCACGAGUGCCAGGGCCCAGAGUGCUCUGCAUCCAUGUGUAGAGGCUAUUGUCUUUACCACCAAUGAUGGAAAACAGUUCUGCACCAAUCCAAAAGCCCCCUGGGUGCCUGAUGUUCUGAGAGCUCUGAUUAUGACCAAUUGAACAAGACUGGAGUUCUAUAACACAUCACCAAGGAAGUGGAAACAGUGAAAUGAAUGUUAUACUUUUCAAAAAUGAGUGUUCAAAACUGAAUAUCACUGUAUGUUUUUGCUGACUUCAGCAAAAUGUGUUUGAUAGAUUUGUUUCUCACACACGCUUAAGCAUAUGCUCAUGCAUGCGCGCUCACACACACGCACGCACACAUGCACACACACACACACUGUAUGUAUGUCUGUUCUGUAUUACAAAUGUGCUCUUGAGAACAUUAAAGUUUUUUCUUAUACAGAUACUUUUUCAUAAAGUGAUUAUUGAGUGUUAUGGACAAAAAGUAAAACGUACUACUAGUAAAACUUA